AUGACCCUCAAACAAACAAACAAUACCAUUGAUGAGCCAUCAACAACAACCAAAAAAAGGAAGUUGUAUUUACAACAUUGCGUGUGUGUGAUUUUGUUUGAUUUUUCAACAACUUUACAUGAUGAUGACGAUAAUGAUUCUUCGAACCUGAUUUGGAAAUUAGAACAAUUAUUGAAAACGAAAUUUUCAAUGCAACAAAUGGGUAAAAGAAAAUGGCUCGAAAAUCGAGAAUUGAAAUAUACAAAUUUCUUUCCUGUGGAAUUUAUGAAUGACAAGGAAUUUGUGUUGAAUCACAUUAAAAGGUUUGGCUACGGUUUACAAUUUGCAUCACAAGCUCUAAAACAAGACAAAGAUGUUGUUAUGAAAGCAAUUCAACUCAACGUACUCAAUUUUAAAUUUUCCAGUAACGCUAUUCGCAAUGAUCCCGAACUGGUACUGACAGCUGUCAAACAAGAAGUCCAUAUGUUACAUUAUGUCUCAAGAGAUCUUCUAAACGACAAGGAAUUUAUGUUGCAACUCAUUCGCCACAAUAUAUUCUCAAUAUGGUUCUCUGACCAACUCAAGGAAGACAGAAAAUUUAUAUUAGCUGCCGUGAAACUCGAUGGAGAAAUAUUGCAACAUGUUUCUAGUCAUUUGAGAAGCAACCAAGAAAUUGCAUUGGAAGCUAUUAAGCAAAAUAAGAAUGCGCUUCAAUUUGUGUCAAGACAAUUACUUGAAGAUUCUGAUUUCAUGUUACAAGCUAUCAAGUUAAUAUUUCCAGAGUUUGAACAAUUAGAAGCUUUUGAUUAUUCAAUGAACGAAAUCAUGAUAAGGGUGGUUCAAGAAUUUGGAACAUUACUCGAAUUCACAUCGAAUGAACUCAAGAAUGAUCGAGCGGUUGUGUUGAAUGCAGUUCGAAAUAAUGGUUUGUCACUUCGUUUUGCCUCAAACGACUUGAAGAGUGACCGAGAAAUUGUGUUUACUGCUAUUCAAAAUAAUUACUUAGCAGCAGCAUAUAUCUCAGACAACUUGAAAAGUGAUAAGAGUUUUGUUCUACAAAUACUUCAUCAAAAUGGACAUACUCUUUCCGAAGUUUCUAAAGAAUUAAGGAACGACAAAGAAGUAGUUUUAACAGCCAUACAAAACAACGGAUAUGCACUCCAAUAUGCCACAGAAGAGUUGAAAUGUGAUAAGGAAAUUAUUUUUACAGCCAUUCAAAACCAGCCAAAUGCUUUACAAUUCGUUCCGCCUCACCUUUUUGACGACAAACAAUUCCUAUUAGAUCUACUCGCAUUUGGAUGUAAAAAUAUUCUAGCAUAUGCUCCAAAUGAAUUUGCUCAUGACAAGGACUUUGUGUUUCAACUGAUUCGACAUGAUUGUCUUGAUUCACAAGGCUCCAUUCUUUCCCAUGUUCAAAAGGAAAUCAUGUCAGAAGCUGUGAAGAAAAAUGGAUGUAUCUUGAAAUGUGCGAAUUCUGUGUUGCAAAACGAUCCAGAGCUUGUACUCGAUGCUUUCAAAUGUAAUGGCUUUGUGUUGGCAUAUAGUGAUGAAUGGUAUCAAAAACGGAUGGAACAGUGUUAUUUUGAUGCUUAUUUGGGCAGCUCGACAAGAAAUUCAAAAGAUUUAGACACAUCAUCAUGUCAACUUUUUAUUGUGUGA